UUUUAGCGCCAACAGCCCAGCCGAGAGACAGCUCACCCGCAAUGACCUACCUCGUCCAGAUUCCAUACGUACUCGUACUGUGUAGUUACUGUAUAAUAUGACACAACAAUAGUAAAUAGAACUUCAUACUCGCCGUUACCUUCGUGCGAUAUCAACACCACAGGCUCCAGCCUCCCAAAAUCCACCAUGUCGACCAUAGCCUCCCCUCGACCAUCCUCCUCCAUCCGCUCUCCCUCCUCAACCCGCACAUCCUUCGAAGCCACCGCCCGCCCAGCAGCAAACCCUCGUCGCAACCGCGCCGCUCUCCGCGACUACUACGGCCUCAAGAGCGCCGCGGCCGCGCCCAAAGAUGCAGACUCCAAGAUCUCAGAGGAAUCCGCACGCACAGAUCUCGGCCCGGAGCUCGAAGAAGAGACGCUGACGGAGCUGGAUAAGCAAGGCUUCGACGCCAAUGGCUUUGUGGACAACAUCCUGGCGACCAGCGGGCUCUCCGGCGUGCUGAAGGUAGAGGCGGACCUGAUAUCGCAGAUCAGGAACCUGGAUAGCGACAGGAAGAGUCUUGUGUACGAUAAUUACUCGAAGCUGCUGUCGGCGACGAGUACGAUUCGGAAGAUGAGGACAAAUAUGGAUCCUUUGGCGCCGACUACGCAUACACUGGGCCCCGCGAUAUCGCACAUCGCGGAGACGGCGGCGGGGCUUUCGUCGUCAAUGCAGGCGUUGCAGAAGCCGGCUGGUCUUGGGAUCGAAGUGCAGGUGGAAGGGGAGGAAGAUGCCGAGUUAGCCAGGAAGCGAAGUCGGAGAGAUACUGUGCAGUGGGUGCUGGACACGCCACGAAGGCUCUCGGCGCUGGUCGACGAGGAUAAGGAGGAGGAGGCCGAGAAGGAGUGGGCGGAAGUGAGCAAGAUAUUGGAUAAGUGGAAGGGGGUUCCCGGUGUUGACGAUCUCCGGCAGCAGUGCGAAGAGAUAAUGGCCGAGGAAGAGGAGUCUGAAUGAGCAGCGAAUGCAAACAUGAAUUUACGUUGAACCAUGGCACUCAGCGCAACAUGGUCGAGGAUCUUGCGAAGCUUCUCGCAACAAUCUGGCCAUUCACCAAAUCAACGUUCCCAUACGAAGAUACCCAAUUGAUUUCUCGUGGCCCGAGCCGAAUCGGAAAUGUGAGAACUUCCCCGCUACCUCCCUCGCAAGCGAUGUACGAAACGGUCGAUCAAGCUACUACUCCGGUCACACAAUUCUACCAGAAUUACAGGAUAUACAUUCCGAUUCGAGAAACGGACUGUCACGAUUGAAACAGGAGGCAUGGACGAGUCACCGUACCUCGAACCAACCACACGUACAUCACUAUCGGGGGGUCUC